CACACUCUCCAGCCCGUGAGUGUAGGCGACGCUAUAUAGCCAACAAGCCCUUGACCUACGUGAAUUAUUAGCAAAAUAUUAAAAGGGGGGAGAGACCGCCAAUAGCCAAUAGCCAAUAGCCAAUAGCCAAUAAUAGCCAAUAGCAAUGCACCACCAUUUCCUCUCUCCUCGCGAUCCUGCCGCCAUCCGCGCUUAUUAAGUACACCGACGUCUGGGCGAACCGCCUUUCUUACGCUCAAGCAAACUAAACAAAAAUAUUAAAAAAAGAAGGGAAAUUAAAGUUCUUCCGUUAAUUACUACCAGAUAUAUAGAGAUGCAAGGAAGAGUACUAGAAAGACGAUAACGGAAGGCUCCGGGGUGAGAGCACGUACAUGCAGGAGAAGGAGAAGGAGAAGAUAGAUGGAGGGGAAGUGGAAAGGAAGGGGAAACGCGAUGAAUAACAGCAACAACGUUAACAGGAGGCGGCCCUACGCUCUGCUGCUGCUCCUGGCACUGGGAGCCGCCGUGCUGAGCGUCGUCAUCCUCCACAAGAUGAGGGAAAGGCGGCUCUUCAACCUCCUCCUCCGUGAGCGCGACGACCAGCUUCUCUCUCUGCAGCUCCUCCUCCAGAAAGAAAAAGCAACCACCAAAGAGAUGAAGGAGAAAUUAGAAGUCUUGCAAGCCAAAUCAACCUCCGUAAGGACUGAGAGCGCGGAGCUCAACAACAAGCUCAUGGAAUCGGAAUCCACAUCAACAUAUCUCAAAAAUAUACAAAAAGAAUUGGAAGCAGCUCUUGAAGAGAAAGAGAACCAGAUCAACCAACUAGAAGAAAAGGCAGCAAGAUCCAUCGACGACCGAGCCACAGCUUUAACUGACAUCCUCAAACAAAAGGAGGCUGAAAUUGAAGAAAUGAAGCGCCGGCUUUCAAGUUUAGCCGCAUCUGAGAACCUACAAGAGAAAACUGCGAUUGAAAAGAGCACUCCUGUGUACCCUAGCAAUGAAAAUACAACUUUGCGGGAUAAGCCACCGGAGAACCCUAUAAGCAAUAGUAACGGGACAACUGCAAAAGAGGGUAUAAAUGUUGUUAACGCAAACAAAAUGGAAAACAGUGAUAAUGAGGACAUUUCCAGGGAAGGAACAUGGGUGAUGUUCAAGACCAACAAAGAUGACGAAGGAUUUGAAGACAACACAGAAAGUGAUAUCCAUCAAAACUCAGCCGAUGUUUCAGGUAAUAAUAACUUGGAGAAGCAUGAAACUCCACGUGAAAAUGAAAAAUCACCUGAUGGUGGAAAAUUUGGUCAACAAAGAGAACUGGGAGAUGAAGAGCAGAUGAAGCGACCAAAAGAUGAGGAGACCCAAGACGGUAGUCAAGAGAGCCAAAUACCAGGGGCUGAAGAUGGGAAAUCCGGCUAUGAUGAAAGAAACGAGACAGAAAUCUCCAAAGAUAGGGACUUGCCGAAGUUUGAAAAUCAAUAUGAAAAUAAACAGGAAGAAGCUUCAAAUGACCAGCAGGGUAUGAAAAUAAGAUCUAGACAUGGUAAAAGAGCAAAAAAGAAGCAUAGACAACGACGAAUGAUCAUUGAUGAGGAAGAAGAAUUCGAGAAGCAUAAUGAUGUGAGCCUCAAAACCUCUCAAGGCGAUGAAAAACAGACCGUAGACAGUGUUACAACAGAUAAAAGCUCAAAGGAUGCCUUUGAAAAGGAACCAGAGGUGAACAUGACAGGAAAUAAUCCUCAGCGCAUGUAUGAAUCAGAAGAUAAACAGGAGUCAUUUUCCAGUUCAAGGAAGGUAGAAAUACCCGAAGGCAGUGUCCAUGAUGAUAUAAUCAAGGAUGAAGGUGAUGACCAACAAAGCAAGAAUUCUCUAACUCUGAAAACCGAGACAUAUAAUAACUCUGCUGCUAGUACCUAAAACAUGGAAGUGGGAAGAAGAAUAAGUGGUAAGGAGACUGAUAAAGGUGCCAAAACCUAACCACUAUUUCAUAGCAACACAAAAAAAAUACAAAAUAAAACAAGAGUGGAAAUUAGAAGCUUCAGAUUUUGAUCUUUGUAGACCUUUUUCUUCCAUAUGAUAGUAAAAUGAGACCAAAUGGCACGAAGUUACUUAAAGGCUUACAUCGCCUUUCUGUAUUUGUUUGACUUCUAUGAUUCAAUAUUUAAAUAAUAGAGGCAAGUAAAUUAUUUCAA